AUGGUCGGUGUCUCCAGCCGGCUUACUAUCUUGGGCGACAGCCCGGGUGCAACGGUUACGUAUUUCCGCCCCGCUGCCGGCAACGCCGAUUGGCGAGGGCUAGACGCCGCCGGAGCCAGCGAUGACAAAGAUUAUGUGGGCGCUCUGUUUCAGGUCGAGAAGAACGCCACUUUGGUGGUGGAAAACCUAUCGGUGUUUAGCGGCAGCGGCGGUGGGCGUGCGCUGCUACUGUUUGACCUUCUUCCUGGAAGUCUCGUAGAGGCCCGCGGGUGCUACUUCGGUCCCGCCGCCGGCGGCGGUGGCGGGAGCGCUUCACCUGCUAUUGCCCACGUCGCGAAAAGCAGUCGCUUGCAUCUAGCGGACGGAUGCUCGGUCGUGCUACGGGACAGCAGCAGCACGAGCACUGGAGCUGGAGAACCAGCACGGAACGGCGGUGGGUGGCUGGCGGCGGCGUUGGUUGUGGAGAGCGGCGGGGAGUUUCUCGCGGUGUCGACGGCGAUUCGCCACAUCGUAGCGACAGCAACCCGACCUCCAGAAACGAAGGCCUUCGAGGAGGAUGCCGCAACGCACAAUGUGCGCGGUACCAGUGACUACGGCGCAGCGUUGACGCUCUUGCGGCUGCACGGCGGUACCGCUACCCUGGUCGACUGCGAGUUCUCCGAGGGAAGCUUCGCGGGAGGAGCGAGCGGCCUCGACGCUGCGUGGGUAGAGAGCCGAAUGUUGCUCUUGAGGUGGGCUGGAGCGGCGCCAUUGCUAAGCGGCGGCCAGGUCGAGGCGCAUCAAGCCAAGGGAGCGGUAGCCGCUGUCGGUCCGACGUCAAGCACGGAAUAUCAGCACUGGAGUGGCACCACAACCACCCCCGCCACCCCGGCAGUGGGCGAUAAAGAGCUUGACGCGCCGGUCCUCGUCUCGACUUCUUGGAGCGUCUUUGACGGCAGACUUGUGCUGCCGCCGCCGCCGCCGCCGCCGCCACAGAACGGACCUCCCCCCAUGCGGUCGCGUUCGCCGCCGGGGAGCGUGGAAAGCCACCGCUCCGUCUGGGUGUCCGGCGACGGCUCCCAGCUCUGGGUGCACUCGACCGCCGGCGGUACCGCAGGUGCCGUCGUCGACGGCAACGCUCUGCGAGAGGUGGGAGACUUCGCCGGGGGUGAUGGUAAUCUUCUCCAGGCGCUGCAGCAGCAGCAGCAGCAGCAGCAGCAGCAGCAGCAGCAGCAGCAGCGGUGGUGGUGGCCUAUCGGUACCCGGGGCUUCUUCGCCUUGCAAGAGCGGCUGUUCGGCGUGCUGCGGCUCGGUUCGAACAGUAAGGCCACCGGGAGUGCCGGCAAGGGGAGGGGGCUGCGAGGGGGCGUGACCGUCGUGGCGUCGCCCUCAGCUUCAGCAGGCGGCGGGAGUGGGGUGGCGAGGGAGGCUGGUGGGGAGGACGAGGACCAUGAGGUGGCCAUCGCCCCCGCGAGAGGCCUUGGCCGCAGGGUUCUCUUGGUGGAUUGCCCCGAAGGCUACUUCGGAGACUGUGAGUGCGUUGCGUAA